AGCGCGAGAGAGAGAGAGACAUAGAACAAGGGAGAGAGAAGAGAGAGAGGAGAGCAGAGCGGGAUAUAGAGAGAUACUUGGAGUGUGAUGGUUCGCACUCCUAUCUAGACAGUUAGGCAGGGAGGAAGCGCAACAGAGAGUUGGUGAGGUGAGUAUUCACAAACAUGUCCAUAUGGAUGGAUAAGAAAAAAAGGGGGACAAACGGAGAAGAAAAAACUCACCAACAUCCCUGUCAGGACUAAUCUCUGUGGACUUCUUCUCUGUCUGGGAGGGAAAGAACAUCUGUCAGUUGUGUGACCGUUGUAUGUUCAUCAAUAUUCAAUCCCAAUUCUUGGAUUGCUGCUGGAGGGAGCAGAAUAUAAACCAGCUGUUUCAAUCGGUCGACCUAGAUUGUUGCAGAGCUGCAAGGAGAGGGGACAGCGUGGUGUAUGGACCAGCUCCAAAGCAUCAGUGUUUACCCUGCAUGGUGAGCUCUGCUGUGUUUUGAUGGGGCACUUUACUUAUUGGUUUGAUUUACAACACUAAGGUCACUGAGACAGAAAGAUGUGGCAUUGAAGGACAGACAGAUAAUGUAUGCAACUCCUGCUACCUAAAGACCAAUUCUUGUCUGGGAUCUUUUUGCAAAUCUACCGCAGGCUCUCUGAUGAACUCACUCAUACUGUACUACCUCAUGAGGAUGACCUUCUCCUGAAUCGCUGAGUCAACCCCCCUUCCAUGCACAUAAAAACUGGUGAUCACAAAUGUCUCAGUGAUCACAUGUCAUGGUGAUUGGACACACAUGGACUAAUAAUCUGCUCUACUCACGCCAUCUCCAUUGAGGAUUGAGCAUGUCGAGGGGCAAACUGGAGACCUGUGCUCGAUUUUCAUGUCAAUGGCAGCUGGAACCAGGUGUACAGAGACUGGAGUAAAGUGGAAAGUGAAGGCCUGUUCCAUUAGCGCUCCCAGCGGGGACAUGUGCCUAUACUCUGCCUGGACACACUGACCUCUCCUGGAAAGAUUCUGGACAUUACUAUGGUGUACACUAAAGAAUAUACACGGCCGGCUGACAAACUCUGCCUCUUGGAGUACAAGCUAAUGGAUGUAACUGUUUUUUUGUAUUUACAGAUCUGACUCUCUUUUCACGGAGGACAAAUAAGCAAAAAGCAAGGAUUUGGAUCAUUGUACUAUGAGCAGUACAUUCCAGCCCUGCACAGGGGAAAGAGUCUGUGUUUCUUUGUUUUCUUGGUUGGAUGGGUCUCUCCUGCCUGGGAAUAUCAUGAGAUUAUAAACAGGAGGUGGCCCCGACAUCUUAUCCCUGUUCCACUCAUCCAUCAGCGCUCCCAACAUCGCCAAAGAAAACGGACCAGAGAUCGUAGAAAAAGUCUGGAGAGGACAUUAGCGUUAGAAUUAUUCUCUAAAAUCCACUGGGUGCAGGUGGCUGAUUCUUUAGCUUUCUUACCAUUAAGGUUGUGAAAAAAAGCUGGCAGCCCAUAGACAGUCUUUAGCGAGACGGACAGGUGCUUUUCUGGCUGUCAGCCUCUCUGGGAGGGACUAGCAGUGAAAGGAAAAGCCUCGCUGGGGGGGCUCUGCUGGAGCGGAAACACUUUUCCACUGGCUAUGUUUAGAUGUGAUGCUUGUCUCUGUGGAUACAACAUGGACUCUAUGGCCUGAUUACGCAGCCUUGGUAUUCAGAUAGUGCUGGAGGGAAGGGAUAAUGCAUAUCCUUCCCUGCCCGAAACAAGAAGCCACCAUGAGCAACGUUACGGUCACCGACAACACUGAACCCAUCAGUCGCACCAUGAGUCCGGCAACCCCCAGCCCAAAUCCCUAUCCUGUCAGUUUCCAGGUCUCCCUGACUGGCUUCCUCAUGCUGGAAAUCCUCCUGGGAAUGAGCUCUAACCUCACUGUGCUUGCCCUCUACUGUAUGAAGUCGAACCUCAUUAGUUCUGUCAGUAACAUCGUUACUAUGAACCUCCAUGUGUUGGAUGUGCUAGUUUGUGUGUGCUGCAUCCCCCUCACAAUUGUGGUGGUGCUGCUCUCCUUGGAGGGAGACACUGCCCUCGUCUGCUGCUUCCAUGAAGCCUGCGUCUCCUUUGCUAGUGUCGCCACUGCUGCUAAUGUGCUUGCCAUCACCCUUGAUCGCUACGACAUCUCGGUCAAACCAGCCAACAGGGUGCUGACAAUGGGCCGUGCCCUGACCCUGCUGGCUGCCAUUUGGGUACUAUCCUUUGUUAGUUUCCUCGUCCCCUUUAUUGAGGUGGGCUUCUUCGCCCAGGGCCAUGCUGAUCUGAACCAGACAGUGGUGGAGAAUGUGGUCCACACUAACCAGUACUAUACAGAACUCGGCCUCUAUUACCACCUGCUUGCUCAGAUUCCUAUUUUCUUCUUUACUGUCGUUGUCAUGCUCAUCACCUACUCAAAGAUCCUGCAGGCACUCAAUAUUCGCAUUGGCACGCGUUUCCACGCUUCACAGAAGAAGAAGGCUCGCAGGAAAAAGCGGCCAUCCAUGACAGCCAUGACAACGCAGCAAGAGGCCACAGAUGCAUCCCAGAGCAGUCGCAACCCCACACUGGGAAUGCGUACUUCUGUCUCGGUCAUCAUCGCCCUGCGUAGGGCUGUUAAGCGCCACAGAGAAAGGCGAGAGCGCCAAAAGAGGGUUUUCAGGAUGUCCCUACUGAUUGUUUCUACCUUCCUGCUGUGCUGGACGCCCAUCACAGUGCUCAACACAGUUAUCCUGAGUGUGGGCCCCAGUGACCUAAUGGUCAAGUUGAGACUGGGCUUCCUGGUCAUGGCUUAUGGGACCACUAUCUUUCACCCUCUACUCUAUGCCUUUACUAGGCAGAAGUUUCAGAAAGUCUUGAAAAGCAAGAUGAAGAAGCGAGUGGUGUCGAUCAUUGAGGCAGAUCCUACCCCUAAUAAUGCCAUUAUCCACAACUCCUGGAUCGACCCAAAGAGGAACAAAAAGGUGACAUUUGAGGACAAAGAUGCCCGACAAAAAUGUCUGUCUUCUGAGGACGUGGAAUGAAAGAACUCCUCAUCUUUAAGGUCUACAGUCAAUAAAAGCAGCUAAAACUGACAUCAGGUCAUGAUGAAAAAGGGAAAAUGUUAAUCCAAAGCAGUAAUGUAAAUAUGUUCAAUAGAAUGUACAAAAUCAAGAGGUGGAUAAUUUAUUACUAUUUAUUGAGAACAAAUGUAGGUUUCAUAUAUACAUCAUAUACUGUACUGUAGAUAUUGCAUGGCUUUUUGUAAAGGUAGCAACAUACAGUGCAUUGUGUACAUACAUAAUAUAUGUACAGCAUAGGGUAUAUAAAUAGAAAGAGAGAAGUAGGAAUUAUAUAUAUAUAUAUAUA